AUGGAGUCGCGAAGUUGGCGUGAUGGAGGCUCUGGCUCAGGCCAAAACUUCCGACCCCAGGUUUGCAGUCACUUCAAACGAGGGCAUUGCAACUUCGGCAAGAAUUGCAGGUUCCUUCAUGAUACAUCGCUCCUUUCUGGAAGUUCUGUGCCACAGACUCCUGCUCCCAGCACAAACCGUGAUAUCAACAAGCGACAGACGAUAUGGAAAACUCAACUUCGCAAGGACCCCUCAAACUUUCGAGGAUCAUCUGGCAUGAAAGAACUCCAAAAGUUCUGGCAGAGAGCACUAGAUGUUCUGAAAGAUGAUGACCAUGAGUUUCACCAGAAGCUUGCUCAAGAACUCGUCAACGACAAUGGUAACGGUCCACGAUACGUUCUCCAGACAGCGGAGGACGGAUCUUCGUCGGAUAUUGAGGCUAUGAAGCCUUCUUUCCUGUUUCUUCAGGUGAUCUCUCACUCAAGCCUUACCGAUCAUCUAUCUAUUAGUACCCACAUUGGCACCGUCUACACACUCUUUGCUGGUAGCAAUGGAGAUCGAAGCAUUGGUCUGUUGAGCUCCUUGUGCGAGCAAGCUCUGGAAAGCACUGAGCUUAUUACCGACAUACUCGAGUCAACAUUUCCAAACAUCGUUCGAGUCCUCCUCACAGCGUUGAAUCAACUGCUCAACAGAGUCCCACGAACGCGUUUAUGCGAGGAACUACCUGACCUCAUGGAGUCUGUAGACAAGCUUGUCACACAGAUGGCUGAGAAUAACCCCGACGCCAACCUGGAUGAGUUUCUGAACCGUGUAGCGGUCUUGAAGAGAAUGAUCGAUUCAGCCAAAGAGUUUUUCGAUUCAGUUGAGUCUUCUGAUAAGCGGCGAGGCAAGCAGCCUAUUACCUCGACAUUUCCCAAGAACAUCGAGUAUCCUGGAGGUCGACACGACAACGACUUUGCCGAUAUCACCAAGAUUGCCAUUCUUCCAACAUAUGAAGAAGUCGUUAGCGAGCAGGACGAGUAUCUUCCAUCUACCAACUUCACAGAUCCCCAUGUCCUUGACGAUCCUUUGCAACGACACAUCGACUCCAUGUUCCGACUCGUUAGACAUGACAUCCUUGGCCCGGUCAAGGACAUUCUUGCAGACCUCUUACGCUCUGAUAACAUCAUGGCUGGACGCCUCUCGAACGGGAAUCCACAGGCGCAAGUUUACCUGGCGACAUGCGUUGAGAAACUCGUCAGCAGCAAGAAGCGUGGUACAGAAGCUGUCUUGACAUUUAGGCCUCCCCAGCAUAUCCUCGACAAGUCACUUGAAAAACAACAAGCAUGGUGGAAGGCUUCUUCUCGUCUGGGAUAUGGCACUUUGGUCUGUUUCUUGGCGCCUGGCAUUGAGGGGGUGAGCAUGCUCUUCUUUCAGGUCACCAACAAGAGCACCGGUCGCGCAGGAAAAGAUGAUGCCGACUCCAACAGCGACAUUGCUCCGCUGUAUGGUGCACCCAGCAUCACCGUCAAGCUUGCAAAUCAUUCGCGAGAUGAUCUGCUCCUCCUGGCAAAGCUGUAUAAUACCAAAGCCCUUGGUGUACUCGUUGACUUCAAUGGUGUCAUUCCGGACACCUUUGUUCCCAUCCUCAAGAACCUUCAGAGGAUCAAAGGUGAAAACCACAUCGCCUUUCAACAAUGGAUCCUUCCCAGCCCACCAGAGGACCGGAUCGUCGCGAUACCGGGCUACGCCCGAAGACUGGAUUACAACUUUUCGCUGAGAUGUAUCACAAAAGACAAAGCGGUUGAUGUGUCUCUUGACCCUGAGGAGCCUCAGAACUUGAGUAUUGAGGAACUUGAGGAAGCGACUGGGCUCGAUGCAGGUCAAUGCCGCGGCUUGGUUGGCGCUCUUACUCGAGAGUACGCGCUCAUCCAAGGCCCUCCUGGAACAGGAAAGUCGUACCUGGGUGUCCAACUUCUGAGAGUUCUGUUGGCGGCAAAGCAGAAAGCUCAUCUAGGACCGAUACUUAUCAUUUGCUACACCAACCAUGCUCUUGAUCAGUUUCUCAAACAUCUCCUUGAUGUCGGUAUCACGCGCAUCAUUCGAAUCGGUGGCCGUAGCGUAACACCAGAACUCGAAGGCCUCAACCUGCGCGUAGUCAGCAAGGAAACACAAAAGACGGUCGGCGAGCGCAUGACCCUUGCCAGUGCGUUUACUCAGAAGGACUCGAGCGCAUAUACCGCGGCGGAAGCAGUGACCUCUCUACGCCUUAGACGAAAUGGUCCGAGCUGGGAGUUGCUUGGUGAUUUCUUAAUGGAAGACAAUUCUGACAUCUACGAGCAGUUCGCAGAUACAGCGAAUGAGCUGACGGGUGAGGAUGGUGAUCCUCUGUUGAUGUGGCUUGCUGCGGGAGACGCAGACAUCCAAGAGCCAGCGAGAUCCAACUUGAUGGAAACAACUAUCGCGGCGGAGAAAGAUAUCAACAUGCUCUCUCGUUGGGAGCGUCAUACUCUCGUUGAAGACUGGAUGAAACGACAUGAGGAAGAACAGACAGAUGUUCUUUUCGAAGCGAUGGACGACGUCGAAGAGCAGUGGAAGAACAUCAACAGGGUACACGACGGUGUCAAUCAGCGAACUCUGGUUCAGGCUGAAGUGAUUGGGCUGACUACCACAUCCCUAGCUGGCCGAAUCGACAUGCUCCGAAGUCUGAAAUGCAAGGUCGUCAUCUGCGAAGAGGCAGGUGAAGUCAAAGAGGCUGACAUCAUAUCUGCUCUGAUGCCUGGAGUUGAGCACUUGAUCCAGAUUGGAGAUCACAAACAACUCCGGCCCCAGAUCAACAAUUUUGACUUGUCACUUGAGUCGACCUCUGGGCAGAAAUGGCAACUUGAUCGCAGCCAGUUUGAGCGACGAGCUGAGGGCGAGCCCGGUCUUUCACCAGCGCCAUUCGCACAGCUCGACGUCCAGAGACGAAUGCGGCCUGAAGUCUCGCGCCUGAUCCGAGGAGUGUACCCUGAUCUGAAAGACCACCAGAAUGUUCAAAACCUCCCAGAUGUGGUUGGAAUGCUCGACAACGUGUUCUGGCUGGACCACUCUCACGAGGAGGAUAACGGAGGAGAUGGUACUCGUGUUCGAUCCCAUAGCAACAAAUGGGAGACUGACAUGGCUACGGCUCUGAUUCGUCACUUGGUUCGACAAGGAAAGUACCGCGCCGAGGACAUCGCACUCUUGACACCCUACAUGGGCCAGCUUCAGCAACUCAAAGCCGCUCUUAGUAGCGACUUUGAGAUCUGUCUUGGCGACCGUGACCGCGAUCAGCUGGCACAAGAAGACUUUACAGACGACCUGACUUCUAACAAGACUGUCGAGAAGAAGAAGCUGUUGCAGACCAUUCGACUUGCAACUGUCGACAACUUCCAAGGAGAGGAAGCCAAGGUCAUUGUUGUGUCUUUGGUCCGCAGCAACCCCGAGCGAAAGGUUGGUUUCCUUCGAACCGAGAAUCGUAUCAAUGUUCUUCUCAGUCGUGCCAAACAUGGAAUGUAUCUGAUUGGCAAUACUGAGACUUACCUCAAUGUUCCGAUGUGGGCAGACGUCCAUGAGAUGCUUACAGACGCCAAUGCUGUUGGUAAGGAGCUCAAGCUUUGCUGCCCUCGCCAUCCCGCGACCCCGAUCACCUGUUCUGAGCCAGAGCACUUCCUCACUCGAAGCCCUGAAGGUGGAUGUACCUUACACUGCUCCCGACGAUUGGAACCUUGUGGACAUAUGUGCCAGGCGACUUGCCACUCGGAUGCCAUGCACGAUGCGUUCUCCUGUACACGGCCUUGCCCUCGCCUCAGAGCCACAUGUGACCACAUCUGUCCUCAACUUUGCGGUCAACCCUGUGGUCCUUGCCUGAUCAAGGUCCACAAUGUUGAGCUUCCUUGUGGCCAUGUCAUUGAAACACUGUCGUGCUACCAGACACAAGACUUGGCAUCUGUCCAGUGCCCUCAUCCAGUUGAGAGGGAGCUGCCUCACUGCGGUCAUACCGUGACUAUGAAGUGUCAUCAACUGGGUAACACGGUGACACCCCAUUGCAUGCAGCCUUGUGGUGAUAUCCUCGAGUGUGGUCACCCAUGUUCCGGAACUUGCUCAACUUGUCAAUCAGGCGAGCACAAGAACUGCACCAAGCGUUGUGGUCGCGCCUACAGUAGUUGUAACCACCGAUGCACUCGGAAGUGCCAUACUGGAGAAGACUGCGGAAGUUGUUGGGAACCUUGCGAGGUUCAAUGCCCUCACUCUUCUUGCAAUUCUGUCUGCAAAAAGCCAUGCGCCCCUUGUAUUGAGCCUUGUACUUGGUCGUGUCCUCACGAGGGCUCUUGUUCGAUGCCAUGCUCAGCACCCUGUGAUCGACUUCCUUGCGACAAACGAUGCGACAAGAUGCUGCCCUGUGGUCAUCGAUGCCCGAGUUUCUGCGGGGAGAUUUGCCCUGUCGACUAUUGUCAGGAAUGCAGCAACAAGAAGAUGGCCAUCGUCGAUCUUUUGGAGUUCCGGUCGUACUCCAAAAUCAACUUGUACGAGACUCCGAUCAUCGUCCUUGGAUGUGGCCACUUCUUCACCAGCGAAACUCUGGAUGGCCUGGUUGGCCUCGAGGAAGUUUACACUACGGACAUGUUUGGAAGUUAUGCGGGAUUGAAAGACAUCACCACGUCCCUCACGGAGAAGACGCCCUGUUGUCCAAGCUGCAAACGCUCGAUUCGACAGUUCGCUACCAAGCGAUACAACCGUGCCAUUAACCGAGCCGUAAUGGACGAUAUCUGCAAGCGCUUCCUCAUCAAGGGACGCGAAUCACUGGUGAAGCUUAAUCAAAAGCUUCUUAAGGCCGAAACUUCGCUUGCGUCGUCGCGUCGGUCAACAGCACCAGGGCAUCACCACACAGCAACCACUUUCUUCAGAGAGCGACAUAUGGUAAUUCAGCAAGUCGAAGACAACGCCAUGGCUCUCCAGAAGAUGAUGGGAGAGGAGAACCAGCCCAUCAAGAAGCUGUAUGACGCAAUCGCGACAUCCCGACCUCAGGACUCUGGUGGUUCGCAGUCUGUCGCUCUAUUGAUGGACGCCAUGAAACUCUCGCAGCCUUCACCUGACAACCAAAUUCUCUUGGGAGCACGAUUGCUUGCUAUUGAAGCUCAACAGGUGCAGCUUAUGGAUGCAUAUGCAGUUUCCAAGAUGAAUGGAUGGAAACUCCACGAGAAUGCGCUCACUCUCCCUGUCACGGAUAAAUGGUUUAAAGCUUGCAAGGAGUUGAUGGAGGAGGCGAAUGAGGAGAAACUCCCGAGAAUCUUUAUCGCGGCGGUUCUCGCAUUUGCCAAGGUUGCUAGAGCUUCAAUUUGGACCAGAAAGCAGCCCAAGGGUGAGGAUGACUCGUCCUCUGGUAAAGGCGACGAGAACAAUACUGGACAUGUUGCCACGGCUCGUGGACUACUCACCACUGCGCUUGAGUCUUGUUCCAAGUUCGCCGAUGGAGAGACUCUGAAGAAGAGAGUCCAGGACAUGAUGGAGUUGUAUGAUCCCAAGUACGAAAAGACUACGCCAGAGGAACUGGCAGCGAUUCGAUCUGCCAUGGUCAGCGGACCUCGAGGCAUGGCAACACACUCUGGCCAUUGGUACAACUGUGUCAACGGCCAUCCGUUUGCGGUUGGAGAUUGUGGAAUGCCCAUGGAAGAAGCGCGCUGCCCCGAAUGCGGCGAACCGAUUGGUGGCUCUAGACAUCGACCAGUGGAAGGUGUCACUCGAGCUGAGGGUAUGGAAACUCCUGCGCGUCAAGCUGAGGGAUCUGUUGGUGGACGAGUGCCAGAGUUGAUUUGA